CACUAAAUUUCGUGACUCGAGCUGUUCGCAACUGCAAACUUUGACACAGGGAUAUUCGUUUCAUUUUUUGGCAGUUUUUCGCUGAACAUGGACGGUUCGUGGAUUUUUGUCCUGGCUGCGUUAACAAUAGGACUGACACAGAGGUGCGAUAGUCAUGGAGCUCGCGCAGGUGGCAGACAUAAUGCUACAGAUCGUUCUCUUCAGACGGCAAUUGUUAGUUCAAACCAAAAACUUUCCUCAGUAUCCAGCCUAAAUAUCUCACAUCACAACAGUACGCUGCCUUUUGGAGAGACUGGUGGAAAGGAUGGACCCAAGGAUGAAUCCAAACAUCAGCUCACAGACUCUUCUCUCCGGGAAGGCAGGUUACGCAGAAGACCCAGGCAACUGAGCAGGAGUAGCUCCACGAGACACAGGACGCGGACUGUGACCGGAGGCGAUGCCACCUCCAAUGGAGGGAAGCCGGCUACAUCCAAGCGCCUUGUUGGACCACAUGUGUGUGGCCAGCAGUGCUGCUCAGGAUGGGCUGUUGCUAGGGGAACCAACCGCUGCAUUAAACCUGACUGCCAGCCGCCGUGCCAGAACAGGGGUUCCUGCAGCCGCCCCCACACCUGCGUGUGCCGCUCCGGCUUCCAGGGCGCGCGCUGUGAGGAGGUGGCACCUGAACAGGUGUAUGUUCGUGCUGGAGGCAGAAGGGCCUUCACGCCAGUCCAGCCGAGCGGCCAGCAGCAACAGCAGCAGCAGCAGCUGGUUCGCAGAGAGUCGGUGGAAAAACAACCUGCUGAAUCCAGCUUCAGGGCCCAGAUGCAGAGACCAGCCACCACCAGGCUGCCUCUCUCCUCUCUGACCACACAGACAAGAGAAGGUUCUGCAAGUUCCUCCUCAAGACAGACGGGCACCUCCAGGACAGUGAAGCGUUACCCAGAAUCCACUGCUCACCUCAACUCCAAUGCGUUGCCCACUGAGAACAGGCAUGGCAAUGAGCUUGGUCCAGGUCUUUUGAGCAACAGCCCAAGACUACAAGACACAAGUGGGCAGGGUUCCAUCAACAGUGCUGUCUCACCGUCAGGGGCGAACCUCACUGCUGGUGUCGACCGCAUCAAGAUCGUUUUCACGCCCAUGGUGUGCCGCUGGACCUGCUCUGGAGGCCGCUGCUCCAACAGCUGUGAGCGGGGAGAGAAGACCACUGUCUACAGUGAGAACCAGAACCUGCCGCCAAAAAGCCAGGGCUUCCGCCUAUUCUUCUGUCAGAUACCCUGUCUGAGCGGCGGCCGGUGUAUCGGUCAGAACCAGUGCUGGUGUCCGUCCAACUCUACUGGGAAGUUCUGUCACCUGCCGGCUCCGCCCCCCAGCAGAGCCCCCACCCAGGGAGCCAAUGGGAAUGGAGGACAUAAUAGCUCCUCCCACUCCAUGUAUACUCUGCCACUUUCCAACCAAGGAGCCCAUACACACCUGUCCAUGGUGAACGUCCACAUUCAGCACCCCCCGGAGGCGGAGGUCCAGGUGCAUCAAGUGGCUCGGGUCAAGCCGGGUCAGAACGCGCAGAACCAGAACCAGAGCCGAGACGGGUCAUCCCACUCCGUGCAGCAGCGCUCUCAGCCCGCCCACGCCAACGACCACCACCUCAACAACGGCCACGGCAAUGGCAACGGCAACGGCAGGACCAAUCCCACAAGACCCAUCAACAGGCAGAAUGGACACGUGGGGAGAUGCUUUCAGGAGACGGUUGAUGGCCAGUGUGGGAUGCCCCUCCCAGGUCUGACCAAGCAAGACGACUGCUGUGGAAGCGUGGGGGCGUCAUGGGGACUCAAUAAGUGCACCGAGUGUCCAAUCAAACCAGCCUAUGCGGUCAUUGCUAACGGCCAAGUGGAAUGUCCCAAAGGAUUCAAGAGGCUGAACAGUACUCACUGUCAGGAUAUAAACGAGUGUCUGAUGUCUGGGAUUUGUAAGCAUGCAGAGUGUCUUAAUACCAGAGGAAGCUACAGAUGCACUUGCAAGCCAGGAUACAUGCUGGACCCUUCCCGAAGUCAUUGUGUCUCGGAUAAAGCCGUGUCUGUAGUGAAGGACUUCUGCUACCGCUCUACCUCGGAUGGCACCUGUUCGCUGCCCCUGCCGCAGCACAUCACCAAGCAGAUCUGCUGCUGCAGUCGCGUGGGAAAGGCCUGGGGCUCCAGCUGCCAGAGAUGCCCCGUCCCCGACACAGAGCACUUCAGGGAGAUCUGCCCGGCUGGCCACGGCUACACAUACUCCCACUCGGACAUCCAGAUAUCCCUCAGGAAGAUGGAGGACGACGAGAAAUACCAUCCAGCCACCCAACGGCCAUACUUCCCCUAUCAGCCACAACUUCCCCAAAUCCCCAGCCACAGACCUCAUAGACCUUCGUAUCCACAGACUCCUGUUCAACCACAAGUUCCUUCAUAUGAGUCCAACGUCCCACAAGUACCCCAGAGACCUCAUAGACCUUCGUAUCCACAGACUCCUUCUCAACCACAAGUUCCUUCAUAUGAGUCGAACGUCCCUCAAGUACCACAUCAACCUCAUAGACCUUCGUAUCCACAGACUCCUUCUCAACCACAAGUUCCUUCAUAUGAGUCCAAUGUCCCACAAGUACCCCAGAGACCUCAUAGACCUUCGUAUCCACAGACUCCUGCUAACCCGCAAGUUCCCUCAUAUGAGUCCGAGGGCCACCAAGGACAGGAGGUGCCCACAUUUCCACAGGCGCCCACACAGCCACGGCCCUCUAGGAUCCCACCACUCCCUCACCACCCUUCGCUGGACCCGCACCAGACGGGCCGAAUCCCUUCACAAGGCGCUCCACAUGAUAAUGAUGCUUAUGCUGCGGAAGUGAUCCCAUCCACUGAAUCACCGUCUGGCUUCCCAGAUUUGAUGGAUGUUUCAACUCCACCCAUCACUACCCACUCGAAGCCAGAUUCGAGUCUCAAGGACAGAACCACUGCUUCCAGAAAUGUGUCCAAACAGGUGACAGACGUUGACCGAUGCGCCGUGACGCCCACAAUCUGUGGACCUGGCCAGUGUGUGUCCGUCCAGACUGGGUACACGUGCCACUGUUACCCCGGCUACCAGCUUAAUGCCCUGCAGACCCAAUGCAUAGAUAUCAACGAGUGUGAGCAGAACCUGUGUGGAGAGAACGCCCGCUGUGUCAACGCGUAUGGCUCCUACUCGUGCCAUUGCCAGACCGGUUUCAGUCAGGUCAUCACCCAGAACAGGAAGUUCUGCCAGGAUGUGAAUGAGUGUGACAUGCCCAACAAGUGUCCAGGGGGCCACUGUGUGAACACCGAGGGAUCUUACACAUGCGAGUGCACGACCGGCUUCAUCAAGAAUGGGAGAGGCCAGUGUGAAGAUGUGAAUGAAUGUCUGUCUUCAGCUGUGUGUGCCAAUGGUUACUGCACAAACACAAAGGGCUCUUACCAGUGCGUCUGCAAUUUUGGAUACGAAACUGCUCCGGACCAAAGCAGUUGUCAGGAUGUGGAUGAGUGUUCCCUCUCUGGAGUCUGUGAGCAUGGACGCUGCACCAAUCUGCAAGGGUCUUAUAGCUGCAGUUGUAACGUUGGUUACAGAGCAACUCUGAAUGAUAAGGCCUGUGAUGAUAUCAAUGAGUGUGCCACCACAAAUGUGUGCCCCAAUGGAAUAUGUGCCAACACAGAAGGUUCCUACACCUGCACAAAUUGCCAGCCUGGUUUCAUAAAAUCAGCUGAUGGACAGAAAUGUGAAGACAUUGAUGAGUGUGCUGUAUCGGAUGCCGUUUGUCUGGACGGUGUGUGUACCAACACCGAGGGCUCUUACACGUGCACCUUAUGUGGCUCCGGAUACCGCUUAUCCCUGGACAGGCAGCAGUGUGAGGAUGUUGAUGAGUGUCUGACUGAGUCCAUCUGCAACAAUGGAAUCUGUCUGAACUCGGACGGCUCCUACUCCUGCACAGCCUGUCCCACUGGAUACCUCGUGUCCUCAGAUGGCGAGAUCUGCGAAGACAUUGACGAGUGCCGUUCUCCUGGAGCUUGUCCCCUGGGUUUGUGCACAAACACUCCAGGCUCCUUCUCCUGCAUGGCUUGUGACACCGGCUACACACUGUCCUCUGAUAAGAUCACAUGUGAAGAUGUAGAUGAGUGUGAAGAGGACGUGUGUCUGGGGGGAGAGUGCACCAACACUCCCGGCUCCUUCAGCUGCUCCUGCACUCCAGGGUUUGAGCACCAUGAGACAACAGGCUGCACAGAUGUGAAUGAGUGUUUGGCAGUCGGGGUGUGCGGUGAUGGAGACUGUCUGAACACUGAAGGCUCCUUCCUCUGCAUCUGCCCCGUGGGAUAUGCACAGGCCAAAGAUGGACUCGGUUGUCAUGACGUGGACGAGUGUGAGAAGGGCAACGUGUGCUUCCAGGGCGAGUGUCUCAACACGGACGGCUCUUUCCAGUGUGUGUGUGAGGCUGGCUACAAGUUCUCCGCACAGACAGGGGAUUGUGAAGAUCUGGACGAGUGUAAAGAAUAUGGUAGUGAUGUGUGUGGAACAUGGCACUGUGAGAACACCUUGGGGUCCUACCGCUGCUUUAUGGGUUGCCAGCCUGGUUUCUCCAAUGGAGACUGUGAUAUUGACGAGUGUGUGAACGAGACGAUAUGCGGAGAGCACGGCUUCUGUGAGAACACAGACGGCUCCUACCGCUGUCAGUGUUACCGUGGAUACGCUAAUGCGCCGGACACCCAAGUGUGUGUGGACAUAAACGAGUGUGAGACGAGCACGGACUACUGUGGAGAGGCCUUGUGUGAGAAUGUGGAGGGCAGCUUCCUCUGCAUCUGCACCAACGAGGACGAGGAGUUCGACCCCAUCAGCAACCAGUGCCACAGCACGCGGGGAGGCCUCAUGGAGCACAUGGGAGUCCUGUUCCCCUCAGUGGCGCCCCCACAUGGUGAGGAGAGGAAGGAGUGCUACUACAACCUCAACGACGCCAACUUCUGCCUGAACGUGCUCUCCCACAACGCCACCAUCGAGGAGUGCUGCUGCACAGUGGGCGCUGGCUGGGGGGACAACUGUGAGAUCCACCCCUGCCCGCCUACUGGGAGAGCUGAGUAUGACCAACUGUGUCCGAAGGGCAACGGCGUUCUGCCUGUGACCACAGACUUUGGACAGCAGCUUUUCAAAGACGCGGAUGAAUGUGCCAUGUUUGGAUCUGAGAUUUGUAAGAAUGGCAUCUGCACCAACCUCUUCUCCUCGUACUCCUGCUACUGCCAGAACGGCUACUACUACGACAAUAUCCGUCUCGAGUGUGUGGAUCAUGAUGAAUGUCUGGAUGAGGGGACGUGUGAGGGAGGGGUGUGUGUGAACAUCGCCGGCUCCUUCAACUGCUUCUGCAGCCCCCCACUCGUCCUGGACAACACACGCCGCCGCUGCGUCUCUGCUAACGGCACAGACGACGGCCAGGGUCUGGAGGACGACAUCCACAUGGACAUCUGCUGGCAGCAGCUCACUGAUGACGACAUGUGCUCCAGGCCUCUGCUGGGCCUCAGGACCACCUAUACGGAGUGCUGCUGUCUCCAUGGCAUCGCCUGGGGCAAACUGUGUGCCUUCUGCCCCCUGCGCUCCUCCGAGGACUUUGCGACGUUGUGCAACGUGCCACACAGAGGUUCGGACAGCCUGCGUGAGAGACCUGGUUACGAGUACGGCCCCGAUCUCCCGCUGCCACAGAAUCCGUGGUCCGUGGACCCCUACUGGAGCAACUACGGGCCGCUGGAGGGGGGAGGCACGUACUUCGACCCGGAGGAUCCCCAGUCCGUCCCCCUGUUCACCGACCCCUCCAGUGACUACAGCUCCAGGGAGACCAUCGGCAGGCCUGUGCACCGGCCCAGAGAAGACCUGUCUCCUGUUCACGCGGACGACUACAGAGAGCGCUACGACAGCUUCGAGGGUCUGCGAGCAGAGGAGUGUGGUGUGCUGAAUGGCUGUGAAAAUGGCCGCUGUGUACGUGUGCGGGAGGGCUACACGUGCGAUUGCUUUGACGGCUACGAGCUUGACCUCACCAAGAUGGCCUGCAUGGACAUAAACGAGUGUAAAGACAUCAACGACAAGGUGGCACUGUGUAAGAACGGAGAAUGCGUUAACAGCGAGGGCUCCUACAAGUGCAACUGCCUGCCAGGGUUCGCCGAAUCCUCCAACCCCCACGAGUGCGUCCCAGAGACCCAGACGGCGCCCCCUGCUGGGGAGGAGAAGUAACGCCUCUCCGUAACUCCUUCCUUUCACCCCUCUGUCUCUACAUACUCAUGUCUGUUUCUCCAAAGGGGCCUAGAAUAAGGCCCUGCCCAUAAAGCCAUGACCAGCUCCAUAUACACACCUGCUCACUCACAUGUCCUUGGGUAGCCUACCUGUUCACUCUGUUGUGUCGCGGAGAUGAAGCACACUCUACGAUUGGUCCGGCCUCGAGGCGCGAAGUUUUGGAAAUGGGAGUGGGUCUGUCCUCACCCGUGUGAAUGGCAUUAAGCAUUAGAGCGACUGGCUCAGGUAGUUUAUGUCCCUGGUAGAACAUGAUGCAUGUAGAACCAGAGACACAUGUUACCCAAGGAAACUAGAGUGACUGAGCACACACACACACACACACACACAUUCUGCCCUCAGACAUGUGCACAUUCAUUGGAGCCGCGACUCCAGUAUAACGCUCGAUAGAUAACGUAUCAGAUAAGACACGGGCUGUUGAAGGGUUGUUCUGUCUCAGUUAAUGAAAUAUAAUACAAUGUUAACGCAUUACCAUUUCAGAUUUGUUACAAUCCAGUUCUACUGGAGGAUCAUAUUCCAUGUGUUGUAUAUCGGAUCAGUUCCACUUUUAGUGUCAAAUCGGAUUUACUGAAGAAACCAUGAAGUGCACUUUUACAUGCAACUUUUACAUAUUCCAAGUUACUCCAAACAAGAAAUGCAGAUGUUGAAUCUUGAAGCUCUAAAAUUCUAAUCCACGACUGUAAUCCAGUUCACUUUUUGUCAAAUUCAGCAAAUUGCUCCUUGUGGUUGUCGGUUGCAGUGUACAGUAUGCACCAAGAGUCCAUACGGUCAUGGCCCUGAAGAUGGACUAAGUGGCAGAAUAGUGGCCUUGUCCUGAAGCAAUGAAAGCCUCCGCAUGUGAUUCAGGAGCACGGAAGGAGUGUAAUAUUUAAUUGGCUGUUGUGUCAGUAACUGUUUUCGUGAAGAGAUUCAAACUGGGCUGAUAUCUGGCACAUGGGUUAUGUCUGAAAGUAGAGAAACGGGCAAAUCUUAGCUGGUCAAGCAGAAAGUGUGCUGAUGAAACUGAGCUGGAAUGACCCUGAGAAGGUAAACUGUCCUAUGAGAAGUUAAAACCAUACUCACCAAGCAGUGAAGCAGUCCUUUCGUGUUUGGUGUUCUGUUUUAUGUGUAUUCUAUUUAUCUUCAGGAGGCUUCAGAGAAUGCCCCCCCUCCCCCCAGAGAGUGUGAUAUGUAUUAAAUGUCACUCACCUUCAGGCACAGAUCAAUUAAAUUUGACUUUUGAAUAGUCUAGAUUUUAUGUAUUUUGUUUUCCACCUUUUUGUUUUGGUUUGUUUGUUUGUUUGUUUGUUUUUCAAAAUCACCCGUAACACAUUCCCCACCAUGCAACUCUGAACCGUGGUUGAGGCUUUUUUGUUACCUUGUACAGACAAAGGUCAGUGUAUUAAUUGUUUAUUAUUAUUAUUAUCCAAUUAUAACUAUAGAAAACUCCAUGUUUUUUACAUCAAAUAAGGAAAGACAACCGAACAGAACAGAACCCAUUGCCUCUGAUCUUUGUAGAUUUAUUAUGUGUACAAAUGAUUUUUUUAUAUCUUUUAUACCUGAGAAAAGUGGUUCACACUGUACAACCUGCCCUGUGGAGCAGAAAGAGAAUUGUAACCAACGGCAGCACCUUUUCACAAGUCAUUCUCAAUAUCUUUGUGAUGCCGUCAAAUUACUUCAACAAAAAAGUGCCCAAAGUGCCCAUCGGUAAUUUCACAACUAGAGUAAGCACUUGAGAAUACGCAUAUACCAUGUUUCUGUACCUCAAUAUAUGUGAUCGUUUUUGGAUAGUUGUAGGCCUAUGUCUGUCGUUCAGUCUAGAAUCUAAAAUUGUAUGUCUGUAAUCAACUCUGCCCCAUUUCUAGCCCACAAGACGUCUCUACUGUGUAAACCAACUUCUGCUGAAAUGUCAAUGAUAUCGCCACCUGCUGGCUAUCUGCUGUCAACAGACGAAAUUUAGGUCAUAUUGCCAAAGUUUAGGUCAGCUUGCCAAAUUUAGGUCAUAUUGCCGAAGUUUAGGUCAGCUAUCGUUAAUCCUUUAACAGAUUUAUCCUCGAAAACAUCACUGAGUUUCAAUGUUUCAUUUUAAACAAAGUGCUUACCCUGAUUGUGAAAAUAUCCCCAAUUUAAAGUGAUGUAAACACUCUAAUGUUCUUAUGUCAUGUUUGCAAACAAUUCCAUUUAGUAUAUUUACCCUGUUCACAGAAAAUCUGAUGAAAAUUGAGUAUUCAUUUUAGAAUUAUGCAUAUUCAGUUUUAACCUCGCUAACCAUUUCUCAAUUGAUGAAGGCUAAGCUGAGUUUACUCCCUCACAAAAACCUGAAUAUCAAUAAUAUCAUUGAUAUUGGGAGCAUUUCACAUGGUCAUGGAGAAUAUGAUUAUGACUACACUCCAAAGUAUCAAGAUGAAGUGAUAUUAUUGGAUACCUUGUAUUUACUGAAGCCUGUAAGCUACCUGGCCACUCUCAGGCUGUCGCUGUUGUCUCUACACCCUAUGUUCAGGGUACAAAUGAUUUUAUCUACACAUUUCAAUGUUUAACGUAAUGGUUAAACAGAAUAUAAACUGGUUUUCAUUCGUCAUGUUUAUUUCAUUCAUUUCUGACUGUAGGCAACUCUGGUCAAAAAAAAUAAAGUCUGAAAAUACUCCACCCAUGUACAGUCUCUGGAUUCUGAUCUGUUUAAACAUGUUCCUGUUCUGAAGGACUGAAGCUAAGCAGGUGUGGGCUCAGGAUGGGAGAAAGGUUACCUGCUGGGAAAA